AUGGCACCUUUACUGCAAUAUUUGCGAAAGGAAGUUCUAGAUCUUAGAAGAAACAAGAAUAAUGGUAUACUCCCCUACUGGUUGGGAACUCUUCUAGAGUUACAGGUUCUUGUCUUGAGGUUUAAUAGGUUUCAUGGUCACACAGACACCUUCAAGACAAAGAGCAAACUUCAUUUCCCUAAGUUGAGGAUUAUCGACAUAUCUUACAAUGAGUUUACUGGCCUUUUGCCAGCCAAUUAUAUCUCACGAUUUGAAGCUAUGAUGAACGUGGAUGAACAUGAAUUGAAAUUGAAAUACAUGGGUGAUAUGUAUUAUAAGGAUUAUGUGGUGAUGAUUUUAAAAGGACAUGAGAUUGAAUAUUCAAGAAUCUUAAGAGUCAUCUCGAUCAUUGAUUUAUCAAGCAACAAAUUUAUAGGAGAGAUUCUGAAAUCCAUUGGGAGGCUUAAUUCACUCCGGGGUCUUAACUUAUCUCAUAACAACCUUAAAGGCCAUAUCCCAACUUCACUUGGAAACUUGAGCAAGCUUGAAUCAUUGGACCUUUCCUCAAACCAGCUUGUUGGGGAGAUUCCUUAG